AUGUGUGCAAUUGUUGGAUUAAAUGGAGCCGUCGCCAGGGAACUGAUUAAUCACAAAGCUGACAUCCAUGUAAAGAAUAACAAGGGCGAUACCGCUUUAAACAUAGCAGCCUUUAAUGGACUAAAUGACACUGUCCUUCUGUUGAUGAAAGGAGGCGCGGAUGUGAACACGAGUGACAGAAGAGGUUGGACACCACUGAUGAGCUGCAGUCAGUUUAACCUGUUUGAGACAAUGGAAAUACUGGUAAAGGCAGGAGCUGAUGUAAACAGAAGACAGGUGUCAGGAGGCACAGCUCUCGAGAUAUGCUCUUGCUAUGGUCAUGUGGAAAUCAUGAAAAUUCUUAUAAAAGCCGAUGCAAAUAUUGAUAAUGUAAACAAACAAGGACGCACAGCGCUAAACAUGGCAGCCCUCAAAGGGCAAAUUUCGGCUAUAGAAAUGCUUAUCAAGCACAAUGCGUCUGUCAGUAUCAAGGAUAAGCAUGGGCGCACUCCCCUUUUCAACAGCACUCUUUCUGGCAGUGAAAGUAUUGUGCGUAUGCUUCUAGAAGCAGGAGCAGAACCAAACAUAGUUGAUGACGAAGGCAGUGCAGCAUUAAUGUAUGCAUGUCUUAAUGGAUAUACGGGAAUUGUUAAGUUACUGCUUGAGAGAGGUGCAGAUGAUACGAUAUGUAAUUAUAACGGUGCAAAUGCUUUAAGUAUGGCCGUUCAAAACGGUCACAUACAAAUUGUCAGACUACUACUGGAUUAUGAAGGAGUAACAAAUCUUGAAAACAAAAAGAAAAUAGCAGAAAGGACGCAAGUACUUCUUAAAGCUGCAGUCAAUGGCAAUGCUGAAAUUAUGAAGAUGUUAAUUGAAGCUGACGUAGAUGUGAAUGUCGUAGGAAAAGAUGGCAGAACAGCACUGAUUAUAUCUGCUAUCGAUGGCCACGCUGAAGCAGUUUGUUUGCUCCUUGGGAGAAAGGCUGACGUGAAUGCGUCUGAUGCAAACGGUGACACAGCCUUGAUCAUCGCUGCACUUAAAGGAAAUUUAAAAAUUGUGGAAGCCUUAGUGACUGCCGGGGCAGAUGUCAAUCUGUCUAACACAAGUGGGCGGACAGCUUUGAUGACAGCAGCAUACAAUGGUCAUAUUUCUGUCGUAGAGUAUUUGUUUACAAACAAAGCUGAUGUCAAUGCAGAAGAAGCAAACGGGUGGAAUGCAUUAAUGUUGGCAUCUCAGUUCGGACACACUUCAGUAGUAUCUGAACUUCUGAGUAAAGGUUCAUCUGUAAAUACUAAAACUGUAGCAGGCGCCACACCCAUUAGCAUCUGCGCAUCACACGGUCACAAAGACACCGCUGAAAUGUUAAUUGGUCGUGAUGCCUUAAUUGAUAUCCCUGAUGCGGCUGGCAAUACACCUCUAAUAAAUGCAGCUUCAAAUGGUCACACUAGAAUAGUCGAGCUACUACUUAGAGAAACAACAGUUGUAAACUUUGCUAACUGUCUGGGGAACACACCUCUAAUAGUGAGUGCUAACUCUGGAUAUGCCGAUAUUGUAAAUCUUUUGCUAAAGAAAAAUGCGGAUGUAAAUAAGGCUGGUAGUCAAGGUACUACUGCCAUUCACGUUGCGGCAUUGAACGGACAAAGACCUAUUGUGGAAUCCCUAGUAAAGCAUGGGGCGAGAGUUGAUAUUGUUGACAAUAAGAAACGAACUGUUCUAAUGGCGGCUGCAUUCAAGGGAAGUGCAGAGAUAGCUUCAUUGUUAUUGGAUCACAAGGCACACGUGAAUCAGUGCAGCGAAGAUGGGUGGACACCACUGAUGUACAGCGCUCAGUUUGGACACACAGAGUGCAUGACAGUACUGCUUAAUAAAAACGCACAUACAGAAAGAAACGACCGCAAUGGCAACACUGCUUUAAAUAUUUGUGCUGCAAAUGGCUUCAAAGAGGCAGUUCAUUUGUUACUGAAACAUAAAGCCAAUAUUAAUACACAGAAUGACAUCGGUCAUUCACCACUUAUGCUCGGUGCUAACAAUGGUCACACUGAAAUC